UUACUUACAAACAAGACGUACAAUUGAAUAGGGAAUUAAUGCAGUUUUGCUUUUAAAGGAUUGGCCUAGAGGAACUUGUAGAAGUUAUGAAGCAGAAUUUCUUUGCGGAUGCCAAUUGUUUUCUGUAAAAAGUGCCUUAUUCGAUCCUUUGUUAACCACCUGUGCGCUAAUGUGGAAUGCUGAAAUCAAAAUAAAAUCUUAAACAGUUGUUAAAGAAAUUGAAGAUGACAGAAAAGAUGAGCUCAUCAAAGACAUUAUUGAAAAAUCAUAUUCGCCAUGCAACAAGUCACAAUAAGAUAGUUGAAGAAUCUCUAAUGUGGAGGCAGUAUGAGAUGAUGAAUGCUGAAAAAUGUCAAGUAAAUUCUAGGAAGUCAAAAUACACAAGGGACAAAUCCUAUAAACAGGACAGACAAAAAAGUUCCAGUUACAGAUUUUCUAAAAAGAGUGGGAGAAGUUCUUCAUUAGAUCUAGGUGGACAAUCCAAGCCAUCUUUUUACUGGACAAAAGAGUUGCAGAAAGCAGAGGAAGCUAUUCCAGACAGGUGGGACCACAGUGGCUACAAGGAGUUGCAUCCAGAAGAAUUCCAAACUGGAUCUGACACAGACAGCAAAUGUAAAAGUUCUGAGAAGAAGAAAAAGAUAAAACUAAAGAAGAAAAAAAGAAAAAGAAAACAUAAAGAGAAGAAUGACAGUGGUGAUGAUGAUGAUAUCGAUGAUGAACAAGAAAGAAAUAGAAAAAGAAAACGGGAAAAGUUAAAAAGAAAGAAACACAAACAUGUGAGGGCAGAUGAUCGGGACUCCAGUGAAGAACACAGCAAGAAGAGGGUGAAAUGUAAACAUUAAAACUUAUUACAGAGCCCAAAGCAGUCAGAGUAAAGUGAAAAAAUUUAAAUGAAGAGGCAGAAAUACUGAGGCAGGCCAAAGGAAACAGAAGAAAAUAUGAAAUACCAAAGAAGUCAGGGAUGGAUUGUUUGUGUGUGUUUACAGGCUCUUAUAUGAUUCUCUUUCUCAGAGGAGGAGGCUACCUGUAUAUGAAAUAAGUGACUGUAUGUGCAUGAGUUUUAAUGUUCUCAAACAGUGUAUAUGUACACCAGAUUAAAUGUGAUGGGCAACAAUCAUACAUUUAGCUUACAUUGACAAAGGCGAGAUAAGCUUAUGCUAUACCCCUAACAUCGGCAUUGGCAUUUGGGUUAAAGUUUGAGCAGCAGCUUUCAUUCCCUAGUGAUUAUAAGCCAUACGUCCCCAAACUUGGCUUGCAUCGUGCUAUGUACAUAUCUGACUUGCUUCAGGUGCAUGAUCAUAUACCGGAUGAGAGACCAAGUUCAAGUUUUUGAAGGUUAAAAUUAUAGAAACAAGUUUCAAUCAAAAGUACAUUGUAACUAUAAGUCUUAGUGACUCAGCUUGCAUGGAUGAUGCAUUUAGGGAUCAUACAAAAUAAAAGGAAUCUGACCUAUAUUUUCUAGAUGAGUAUAAUGGUUGGUUUUUGGAACAGAUUCAUUCCCAAGUAACUAAGCCCUACCUGGAUCAUAAUAUUAAACAAAUGAUGUUUCUAAGCAAUGCUUCAUUCCAUACUGGCUACAGAUGCUGAAUCUCACCUACAUUUUCUGGUUGAAUGAAGAUGUUGAUUUUUUUUUAACAGAUUCAUUCAUAAUUAAAUAACUACAAACUUUACCUGGACCAAAGUUACAUGAAUGUGAAUCUAGGGAUGCACACUACUAGAUUUGCUUCAAUAGAUGCUGGAUGAAUUGACUUACAUUUUCCAGUUGAGUAAAACAGGUCAAAGAUCUACCUAAACCAAACUUGCAUGGAUGAAGCAUACAAGGAUGCACACUACCAGACUUACUUGGGAUGCAGGAUUUGACCUACAUUUUUAGGUGAAUGAACAAGUUAAAGUUUUACAUCUGGUCCAUUUCAAAGUCAGUAUUAGCUACUACCGGGUAGUAAUUGGUUGACUGAACUGACAUUGGUAAUGCAUGUUACUUAUCGAUAACAUACAUGGGAGUGAGUUUUUAAAUCUUUGAUUACCUAUCUAUGUUUUAUAUCUGUUUCAACAAGAUUUUAAUUGGAUAAAUAAAUACAGUUUUUAGAAGAAAAAAAACACAACUUUGUACGAGUUCUC